AUGGCGCUGCUCUUGGACGCCAGACUUCUGCUGAGAAAAGUUAAAGAUUUAAGGUGUUUCACGCCAAAACGAAACCGAGUGAAGGAAAAAUGGGCCACCACACGUGCCAAGCACCCUCCUACCAGUCUGGCCCUGCAGCACUUUGAUGCCACCUACGGCGUCCAGCUGGGGCAGCUGUGGCCGUCAGUCAGAGCCGCCCUGCUUUCAGAGAGGAAAUACGGAGCCCUCUUCAAUAAUUUCUCCCAUGAUUCAGUUCUGGCAGACCUCGAAGCCCAGGGAUGUAGAGACUUCCUCAGUGACAUAGAUACAGACGCUCAGCAAUACUUGGAGCAAGAAUCAGGAGUUACAGCCGAGGAGGAAUCCAGAAAGAAAUCUGACACUGAUGGUCAGCAGCUAUCCCCUCUACAGCUCAGCCAUAACAUCAAGUGCUUCGUGUUUCCAAGAGGGGAUAUCACAAGAUUCAAGUCCGCGCGACCCGACAUGUGUGGGUUGCUGGGUUACUACCUGAUGGACGCAGCAUCUGUGCUGCCUUGUGUGGCACUGGAUGUUCAAGAAGGUCACAGUGUGCUUGACCUCUGUGCUGCCCCGGGAGGUAAAACACUGGCUCUGCUUCAGACCCAGUCUGUUGGUUUCUUGUGUGCAAAUGACACCUCAGUGUCUCGGACGUCACGACUGAGAAAAGUCCUCCACAGCUACGUUCCUAAGCUGCUUUUGACGGCUGAGAAAUUACGUAUCACCUCCUACGAUGGCACCACUUGGGCGGACAUCGAAAGGGACACUUUUGACAGAGUGCUUGUUGAUGUCCCCUGCACCACAGACAGACAUUCACUCAUGGAGGACGACAACAAUAUAUUCGGAAAGAACAGGAUCGGUGAGAGACGAAGGCUUCCACAGCUACAGCUGGAGCUGUUGUUGGCGGGAAUCGCGGCAGCCCGUCCAGGUGGGGACAUCCUGUAUUCCACGUGCACACUUUCUCAAACCCAGAACCAGAGUGUGGUGGAACAAGCUGUCUUCUUGGCUCGAGAGAACCACGGCAUCAACCUUCAGGUUGUUGAUCUGCGACCCCUCACACACAUGUUUAGGAAAACCUUUCACUUCGCUCCCGACCUCCACCUGGGUGAGAUGGUAAUCCCGCACUUAGCCGCUAACUUUGGCCCCAUCUACAUGUGCAAGCUGAGGAGGCUCACGUAGCUUGUGUGGACUGAUGGACAGCUUUGCCAAAAAUCCUGUGGACAUUUGAAUGACUGACUUAAGGACUUAUGAGAUGAUCUUCUUGGCUCGUCUUUAUGUAUAAACUGUGGCUGCUGGAGCACUGAAGGUGAACUUUUCCUCGUGGUGGUGGACUGUUGAAACACUGGACUACACACUGUGACUGUAAUCGCAAUUAAUCCAGUUGGAGGACUGGUACUGUGACAUUACUGGGGACAGCACUGAAUGACAGGGUUUUUUUUUGAUGGAGACUUUUGGACUCAACCAACAUUAACGUCAAAUUCAUUUAAGAGAAUUCUUGUUUUUUAAAGGGCAUCAACAGUUUUUUUUAACCUGGACCCCAUUUUCCCAUUUGUUUUGUCUAAGUGACAAACGGAGACGACAAUUUUUAAAAUUGGUUGGUACCGAAAGGACUGCUGCAGCUGGCACACGCCAUCAUGAAACAUUAAUGUGCAGCUGUGCACCUUCAAUUUCCAUAUAAUAAAAGUGCUUGUUUUUGUUACAGACUAGCUCAAAAUCUUAUUAUAAGUGUAUGAAAACAUUAUUUAAGGGAUCCCUACAGAGAUAGCCUGUUAUGUUAAAGAGUAAGAUCAUUUUUAUUAAAGCAGAAAUUGCUAUUGUCAAACCUGCCAGCCUGCAUUUAAAUAGGCAUAAAUUUUAUCAUCCUAAAACACACUUAUGAUGAUAGAAAAAAACAAACAAAAAAACUCACAAAAGCCGUCUUGGUUCAUCUUUCCACUGUUCCAACAAUCACCAACUCUAGUUUGGUUGAAAUAAACCCCUAAUUCUCUCAGUUAGACGUAAAAAUAUUAUGGCUUUAUACAAGCUUAAAUAACAAUUUAUUUAAAAGGAGUCUGGUAGAUUACGUAAUGGGGAUUUGGGGUGUGUUUCUGGUUCCCUACAGACAUAGACCGUCUUGUUAAAGAGUAAGAUCAUUUUUGUUUAUCUAGGAGCAGCCCCAAAAUUGCAAUCGCCAAACCCACCAGAAUCGAUUUGAAUGAACAAUAAUUUCAUCAUUGUAAAUAACACUUGAUUCAAAGAAGAAAUAAAAUAAAACUCCUAAAAACUGUCUUUGUUUGUCUUUCCACUGUUUGAGCAAUCACCAGCUUUGGUUUGGUUGCAAUAAAUUGUUCAUAUCAUAGUGGUGUCAGACACUUAUAAUAACAAUCUGUGCCUGUCAGUGGCAUUAAAAAACAAACAAAAUGACAAAAAAACCACUGGGAAAAAUAGGGUCCAGGUUGAAAAAUACUAAAGUUGUCCUUUAAAGUAAGUCAAAACUCUGAUUUACCAACAUUUUUGGACUAAACCAGCUUUGCUAAGUGUUUUUCUUUUUAUAGUUUUAUUUUUACCCUGUAGGUGGCAACAGUAGCUUAAUAUUAAAAGUAUCCUGUUCAGUAUAUCCUGUUCCCACUAGAGGACACUAAGGGUAUGUCUGUAAAGGUUAUAUGUUGACAGGAGCUCCAGUAUUUAUGUCCUCAGAGAUCACAUUACUGAAACACACAUUUCCAUCAGAAUUACCUGCUCUCUUUAACUCUCCCCUGAAAAUGGGUUUGGCUUGUUCUAUAGUUAUUCAUCAGGUUUGAUAGCUUUGCCUAAUAACACAAUAUGUGGGUAUGUGGAAGGAGGGCAUAAUGAACAGGCAGGUAAUGACUUAUUUGACCAUUUGGCUUUUCACAUCUGAAUCUGUGCAACUUUCAUUAUUAUAGCUGGAUUGACUCUGUUUUGCAUUGACAUCACUCAGGUGAAAUGUUUCCUCUUAUCACUGCCUAAUGUGAGCGCUGAGGUGCCUCUUUUUCCAUCACACCGCCGAUGACCCUUUAUGUUGUCCUGGCCAGGCAAUGUAGCGUGAAAAAGGUGUGUGUAUGUGUGUGUCUAACGAGUCCACCAUCCAUACCCACUGUCAUUAAGCUGCUCCAAGUGCAGGAGCCGACUCCCAUCCCCGUGCAGGGAUGGACGGCAGCCAUGCGGCUCCCAGAUGAACAUUAAAGAGGCAGCAGAGAGCUAAAAUGGGACGUCUCGCCCUGUUUUGCCCCUCCGCUUUUUUAUUCCACAGAUGAGUGCAGAUAAUUUCCUGUGCGAUUGUGAGUGAUUACUGUAUUACUGCGGUAAAAGGGGGAUGUAUCUGGGAAUGCAGAGGGAAUUAAUGACACAUAAAAACUAUUUUUGUAUUGA